CCACCAGGUGGGAGUUAAUGGUUACAAACAGACCACUGCAAUCAGUGGUUGUCUUUCAUGUGAAGGCACGCAAAAAGAAAGGAAGAAAUGAUGAAAACAUGGAUGCAAUACAGAAACGAAUGAAAAAUCUGAGGACAAAUAUUUGUUUCCUGAAACAGCUCAGGGGCAUGCUUAACAAAACAGGGAAAACUACGCAAAAAUAACGAGAUUUAAAAUAAGAGAGUUCUGGCUCAGUGAGAGAUCACUGAGGGAAAAGCAGUGCAUUUCACUCGCAGCAAACCCCAAAGUCAACAAAAACAGCCAGAGACAGAAGAAAAGCUAAGGGCUUUCAUUGACACUGACCUUUGAGUAACCCAGUUUGGAGCUUUCCAUGUCCGGUGGGAGGGGAGACAGUGUGUCUGUGUGUGUGUGUGUGUGAGAGAGAGUGUGGGUUCUUAUUUUUUCCCCUCAGAGAGAUCUCUUGUAACAGAUCGGAGAGAGCAGAGCGCUGAGGCACGACACCGCGUCUCGCAGGGCAGCGAGGCUCGCGGCUGGUUCCCCCCGAGGAGCGGCUCGCCGUCCGCAGGCAUGAACGACAUCAAGCUGGCCCUGCUGGGCAGCGAGGGAGCGGGAAAGUCAGCGGUCUUAGUGCGGUUCCUGACCAAGCGGUUCAUUGGAGAGUACGCCUCCAAUUCCAAUUCCUUAUACCGUAAAAGGCUCUCAAUCGAAGGCAGGCAGUUGAACCUGGAGGUCUUUGAUCCAUGUUCUCAGGGUGCAGAGAGCAGGUGCAUUCUGGAGGAGCCAGUGAAGUGGGCAGAUGGCUUCAUCGUGGUGUACAACAUCAGCGACCGCUCCUCAUUCUUCAGCGCCCAAAAUAUCCUGUGUCAGAUCAGGGAGGCGCGUGCGGAGAGCUGCAAGGGGGAAACAGACGUACCCGUAUACCUGGUGGGAAACAAGCAGGACCUCUGCCACGCCCGGCAGGUGUGUGAGGAAGAGGCCCGCUCCGUGGCCCAGGAGCACCGGUGCCUCUUCCAGGAGGUGUCGGCAGCGGAGGACUAUCAGGAGAUCGCAAACCUCUUCACCAAGCUCAUCCGUCAGGUGAUGGAGCACCUGAAACUCCGGGCCGAUCGGCGCCGCUACAGCGGCUCCAAGUCCAUGGCCAAGCUCAUCAACAACGUCUUCGGCAAGAGGAGGAAGUCCGUCUGAGAGCAGUGUGGAAAUCGGCACUGCGCCCCCUGGUGGAUAGUGGCACUUCCAGAUAGAGGCCUCUUGUGACCAGAACACUCCAGUGGAAAUCGAAUGCCUUAAAACUCAAGGAGAAAGACAUUCUUGGAUAGCUGGAAUGGAAGACCCUGGACAAUUCAUAGUUCAGUGAGGUCUGCAGAGCUGUGUGGAGUAACUACACAUCACAGACAUAUCACUCUUAAGACAAAUUGCUGAGAGCAUUGUAUUAUUCUGUGUUUUCUCAAAUAAUAACUGACCUUCUCAUUUUUAUAUUCAUACAUUAAGCUUUUUUUUAGUGUACUUUAAUUGUUCAUCUCACAUAAUAUGUCAAUUAUAAUUGAAAUAUCUUUGCUAUGUUAAUGAUGUGUUGAAGAAGUAUGUUUCCAUUUUAUAUUAUCAAUAUUUGCUAAAAUGAAUGCCUUAAACAAAGUAAUGCCAUUCAACUUCUGUACAAUUGCAGAGCUUGAUGGUGUCAUUGAAUGACCCCAUUGUAUGUGAAAUUAAAAAGAAACAAAAACCCUUGGAACUGUCUGAACAAGCACACAGAAGGCUGGUAUUCAGACAAACAUUUGAACUCCUUCAAAAAGAAUAAUAAUAAUACAUCCAAAAUUCUUCUUUGUUAACCCAAGUGAAAGCAGAAAGUCCAGGGAAAUGUUUCAGUCCCUCUCCACUCAAUAGAGUAAUGAGGUGGGAUUUGUGGGUAAAUUACUGAAAACUGCACAUUAAUCUUCAAGUAUAUCUCUGUACAGAAUCUGCCAUGGCAUCCUAUGUUGUAACUUUAGGUAAAACCAAAUUUCUGUUUGGAAUUCUGUUAUGGAAUUCCCCAUAUCACUAUAAAGGAACACUUUUACAGUGGGCCUUUUUGUUGCAUGUAUAUAUAAUUGCAGAGAUAUAAUCUAUAAUUGCAGUUUCACAAUGGGGAAGUUUCCCAUAUUAGUGCAUUGGCUCUUAACUUUCUACAAACAGUACUGCCAUUGUACUUUACACUGGGAUCAUACAAACAUUCCCUUUAUAAACAAACAUUGAUCAUUUUUUUGGUAAAUUAUAUUGAGAUAACUAUGCAUGGUGCCUUACUCACAUUGUAAAAUUAAAGUGCUAAAUUCUUCAUCAGAGCUAUCCUCACUAUGACUUUUUUAAUUUUUUUUGCUUAAUUUCUGAACUAGAUGAUCUUUGGAAACAUGAGAAGAAAUUCACACGAAUGAGUGAAUCACAUUUGUGUGGAUUUCUAUUUUUAUCUGCUGGUAUCAGCUUGGGUCAAUGAGAGAACAGGGUUGUAAUCCUAUUACACAAUGUAACAGGCCUCGCCAGUGCUCAGUAAACAUAUAACCUGAGGAUGGAUGACUGUGUUCUUUUAAAAAAGAAAGCCCUAUUCUUUUUUUCACAGUCACCUUCAGAAAGGCUCAUGAGGGGCUUAGUCAGUAAAAGAUGCUCACCACAAGUGCAGGCUUAGCCUUAGUGUCGCAGGUUCAAGCCGUGACCUCAGCUACAUCAUUAGCCAACUGUGACCUUGAGAACACAAUGGUGGGGUGCAUUUAAUUUUUACCUGUCUGGAGUAUGAUUGCCUGGAGUUCCAGUGCCUACCACAACAUUAGCUCCCCUCUACAACACUCUGAGCCCCCACAGGCGACCAGCCGUCACCAGUGAGUGCUGACGACAGUGUUGUGCUCAACACACCGAUGAGCUUCGGAUCUAAAUCAGUGGCUCUGUGUCUUUACAUUGCCUGAUACAAUUAGGGCAUCUGUUAUAUGUUAUAUCAUGCCAUUGGAGUGAGAUCAGUGGUUUCCCUUGUCAAUUAUGUAGGCAAAUGCAUAGAAUACUCUGUAAAUUAGUAUGACUGGUCUCAAAUGUCUGGAAGGUUGUGAUUUAAGGGAAGAAACAAAAUACUUCAGAAAGAGAUGUGAUCCUCUUAGUUAUUGUGUAGAACUUAAUGAGACUUGAAUAAAUCAAAGAUCAAU